AUGAAUGUGCACCACAUCACUAGCAAGAAUUUCAUCAACUAUGGGAAAGGAUCUGAUUUCCAUGAGAUUUUUGAUGUUUUCGGUGUUGGUAUUUUUAAUUUGGAUUCCAAUGAAUGGAAACAAGAGAGGGCACUACUUCAUUCAUUGCUAAAAAGUAAAAGCUUUGAGAUUUUCCAUCAAAAUAACAUUCAAAAGAAGCUAGAGAAUUGUCUAUUACCUCUUCUUGAACUUUCAUGCAAAGGUGUACAAGUAAUUGAUUUACAUGAUAUUAUUGAGAGGCUUUCCUUUGACAUCACCUGUGCCUUUUUAUUUGGAUUUGAUCCAAAUUCCCUUCCUUACAACUUCAAUGAAUUUUCAGAUGAUGCUUAUGUAAAAGCCAUUUCUGUGCUUGAUGAUACGCAUUUGUUGAGACACUGUAUUCCAAAAUGUAUUUGGAAGGUACAAAAAUGGCUACAAAUAGGUAAAGAAAGGAAGAGAAAGGUAGCUCAAGAAAGUAUUCACCAAUUCUUGUACAAGUGUAUAACUUACUCGGAAGGCGUGGAUGAAUAUCAUCCAUGCUUGCUUAAAGAAUUGAUGAAAAGAGGCAUGGUUGAGAAGCAUUAUCUUAGAGACACUGCACUCAAUCUCCUGGCUGCAGGAGAUGGAACAAUAAGUUCAGGUCUCAGUUGGUUCUUUUGGCUUGUUUCAACUCAUCCUAUUGUGGAAGCUAAAAUCAUUCAAGAGAUCAAAGAUAACUAUUUAGGACAAGAGGAGAAUUCUAUUACAAAUUUAAGCAUAGAACACCUUGAUAAGCUAGUGUAUCUUCAUGGAGCUAUAUGUGAAGCCUUAAGGCUUUAUCCACCUGUUCCAUUUGAGCACAAGUGUGCAGUCAAAUCUGAUGUACUACCUAGUGGACACCAUGUUAGUCCCAAUACAAAGUUAAUAUAUUCUUUGUAUGCAAUGGGAAGGACGGAAGAAAUAUGGGGAGAUGAUUGCUUGGAAUUUAAGCCAGAGAGAUGGAUAUCAGAUAAAGGACAGAUUAUACAUGUACCAUCUUACAAGUUCAUAGCAUUCAAUGCCGGUCCAAGAAGUUGUAUUGGAAAAGGUAUUAGCCUUCUUCAAAUGAAAAUGGUUGCGGCUGCUAUGUUGUGGAGGUUUCACAUACAUGCUGUGGAAAGUCAAUCUGUAACACCAACGAUUUCUACUGUUCUUCGCAUGGAGCAUGGCUUUAAGGUCAAAGUUAGUAAAAGAUGCAUCUGA